GUGUUCUUUGUUUGUGAUAUCACAUUCUACACUAUUUCGCCACUGACGCCUCCAGAUCCCAUACAUUCUCUUCGAAAUCCCCAGUAACAUGAUCCUCAAAAAAGUUGCGCCAUCCACCUGGCUGAGCUUGAUCAUGGUCCUCUGGGGCAUCGCAACAGUUGGUCAGGGCCUUAUCAAGUCCGUCGAAGGUCUUGUUGCCAUGCGUGUGCUCAUCGGCUUUUUCGAAGCGGGCUUGUUUCCUGGUUGCAUUUACCUGAUUAGCAUGUAUUACAAGCGUUUCGAGCUCCAGUGGCGAUUAACGCUUUUCUUCAGCGCAAGCCUUCUCGCAGGCGCAUUUAGCGGGCUCCUGGCAUACGCGUUGGCGCACAUGGAUGGAGUUGGCGGGUACCGUGGAUGGCGCUGGAUCUUUAUCAUUGAGGGUCUCGCGACCGUUGCGAUCGGUCUGGUGGCCAAGUUCUGGGUUGUCGACUGGCCAGAGACAGCGAAGUUCCUCUCGGAGCCCGAAAGGGCGAUGUUGGCUGCACGCUUGCAUGCUGACGUGGGUGAGGCAGCCAUGAAUAGGCUUGACAAGCCCGCUCUGAAACGUAUCUUCCGGGAUUGGAAAAUCUACAUUGCUGUACCGAUGUACUUUGGUGUCGUUAACACAGGUUACUCCGCAAGCUUCUUCAUGCCUACGAUUAUUCGCGAGCUAGGGUACACCGCUGAAGCGGCGCAAGUACGCACUAUUCCAGUAUUAAUCGUCGCGACUUGUGUCGCCCUGGUAAAUGCAUUGGCAACCGAUCGUUUGAGACAUCGCUAUUCAUUUUGCAUUCUUGGUCUGUUGGUUGCGUCUGUCGGUUACAUCGUACUACUCAACCAGCAUGGUCUUUCCAAGGGCGUCAAGUAUUUCGCCCUCUUCCUCAUCGUACCCGGAAACUCAAUCACACAUUCAGUUGUCUUGACAUGGGUGCAGAAUUCAAUGGCUGGUCACUACAAGAGGAGCGUGAGUGCUGCCAUGACAGUUGGCUUUGGCAAUAUGGGAGGAAUUGUCGCGUCGAAUAUUUUUCUGGACAGUGAGAGACCUCGGUAUCCGACGGGCUAUGGUGUUUCUCUUGGGCUUCUGUGGGUAUGCGGCGCUUCUUGCACCAUACUGUUCUUUGGCGUCAGAAGAGAGAACAAAAAAAGAGAUAGGGGUGAGAGGGAUUGGCGGCUGGAGGGAGACGAUGUCGAUAAUCUUGGUGAUGAUCAUCCUUCCUUCCGAUUUACAACUUGAUGAGACACUAGCUUAGGGAUGUGCUUUCAUCCGAAGCUCUUUGUGAUGACCAUGGAUACCAUUACUCACACAGAUCUAAAAUACUUACACUCUGACCUGUUCACCCAGAAUAGAUCUCCGUAGCAACAUGAGUCAAAG